CCACACGGAGGGCUACACGAAAUAUUUUCGUCACUGCAUUUUUCUCUCGGGACUGUUUUCAGACUUCAGCAGGCGCCCCGCUUUCAAAGAAGAUUGACGAGAGAGAGAAAAAGACGGGAGCCGGGAGCUUUUGGGUAUUAAGGGGAUGGUUCUUUAGGGUUUGCUCUGUCGAGUUUCGAUCAGAACGAGGCCCUGAAGUUUUGGUUUUCCCUGACAAUCUCAUCUUGCCAUUUGUACGAUUGUGAUGUUUUGCAUAUUUGAUUUCGAAUUUGUCGCACAGUAGCGGUUUAGCAGUAGUAGUAAUCGAGCAUUUUUUAUUUGAGAAGGGUUCGAUUACGUUUUUCUUUGCUUUGAUGAUUAUGAUUACGGCGAGGAGCUUCGUGCUAGCUGAAUUCAAUGCAAAAAUUUUGGGUUCACUAUCAUUGCACCAGCGAUCGUCUGGUUUGGUCACGCGGCUGGCAUUUUCUUCUUUAGAUUAAUAUUUCGAUUGACAGCCACCAUCUUCGCCUAAAUUUCAGUUUCGUGGUUCUAUGUGGUGAUCCUUUCCUUUUAAAGGGAAAAAUUUGCAAUCAGAGCUCCAAUUUAGUAUACCAUUAUUGACUCGUUGUUGCAGCGACUGUUUUUGUAGAUCAGUUGGGUGAGUUGGUAAGAUCACCAUAGACUUUCAUGUUCUUCUCUGCUCGUCUCUUUUGGCAAGCUAUUUCUUAUAGAAAAAUAGGAAUCAAGUUUAACAUUAAGGAUCUUUGAUCCUUAGUCCUAAACUAACGCUAAGAUUGUGGUUUUCAAAGCCAAUUUUUAAAUGCCAAGGCAUAAUCAAAGUUUUGAAGGUUUUAUCAACGGAGGCUGCAAGAUCCGAAAGAGAGGAUGCUCCUCCUCCACUUCAUCUUCUUUGCUGCAGAGUAAUCGGUAUAAGAGGGCAAUUCGAAUCAGGGGAAAGGGUGCAUCCACCAAACCCGUUCAUAUGUGGAGGAUGAAUGGUAGGUCACCAUCUUCUUCAGGUAGGAUUUCAGACUCGUCGUGGUGUAGAAUUUCAAAUUAUGGUUGCAGUGGAACUCAAGCUACUGUCUCAGCUCGGAAGCUUGCAAAUGCCUUAUGGGAAAUGAGUAGAAACUCUUCAGCACUAGAAUUUGAAAAAUUGAAGGAGAAAAUUGCUAAAAGAGAGAAGAGUGGGGAUUACAAGUUAAGGAGGUCUAUUGAGGUCAUUUCUCCACCUCGACGCCCAUCUGAUGAAGGUCACAGUCCUGUUUUGGUGAGGUCUGAAGAAUCUAGGUCCCGUAGCCACAAGAGAGUGAUCUCGAAGAAACCAGGGCAUGGAGGGCUUAGUAACAGAGCCUUAGAUUAUUUAAGUAGUGGUAGUUUAAUGGAGAGUGAGUUUCAUUCUCAAAGUUUCAUACCAGAAAAUUCAAUUUUGUUAGCCAAAGAGCAUCUAAAGGAUCUGAGAAAUUCUCUAUCAACAUCAAAAGAACUUCUCAAAAUUCUCAGCCGCUUCUGGGAACCAGCUGAGCAGCACAACUUGGUCUUCACUGUUUUUUCAGCUCUUCGUGCUGAACUUGAGCAAGCCAUUUUGAAUGGCGAUCAACUUUUCGACGAACAGAGAUCAAUAUGCAGUGAUAUUAACAACUACCUAAAAGAGAAGCUUUCUUUUGAAAUCCAAACCUUGAAGAACAGGGAGCGAGAAAUGAUCAGUUCUUCCAUCCAAUCCAUCAUGAGGGAACUUGAGUCUGAGAAGAAAUUAAGGAGAAGAGCGGAGAGGCUGAAUAAAAAGCUAGCAAUGGAGUUGGCUGAGACGAGGACUUCUUUGCUCAAUACAGGUAAUGAACUUGCAUGUGAGAGGAGAACAAGGGAGAUAGUAGAACAUGUUUGUGAUGAGUUGGCUAGGGGGAUUGACGAGGGAAAGGAAGAAGUGGAAGAAUUGAAAAGGGAGUCAGCUAAGGUCCUAGAAGAUUUAGAGAAGGAAAGGAAGAUGCUCCAGCUUGCAGAUGAGUGGCGUGAGGAGAGGGUGCAAAUGAAACUAUCAGAGGCUAAACUUCAAUUCGAGGAGAAGAACGCUGCUGUUGAUCGGUUGAGGAAUGAGCUUGAAGCAUUCCUAACCACUGAAAAGGGAAGUGGAGAUGGGAAAGGACAUGAUGCUCCAGCAGGAGAUUUUGAAGUUGAGGAACAAAGUACGGUUUGUCCAAACAAGGUUGAUGAAACGGUAGAGGAUGAAGAAAAAAUAAGUACGGGAGAACUUUCAGAGGACUGCGAUCUCCAUUCAAUAGAGCUCAACAUGGACAGCAAAAGCAGAAGUUUCAAUUGGAGUUAUGCUACUGGUUCUGCUGAUUAUUGCAGAAGUUUUGAAGAAAAUAAUGAGGGAAGUGAAAAUAGUAGUAAUAAGGCAUCUAAGAGCAUUGGGAACGAGAAAGAAGAAAGCUCCAGAAAGUCCUCUCAAGAUUUUUCUCAUGAUUGGAAGCAAGGAAGGCCCUCUAGAAGCAAUGCUAACAUAGAUGAGGAUGCUGAGAGAUACAUUUCUGUGAAGGAGCUAAGAGAUCACCUGUUAGCAGGUUCAAGGAUUAUUCUGCCUCAAGACACGAGAAGUCCAACACGGCCAUGGAGCACAAGCACAAACCAGCAAUGGGACAGUCUGAAAGGUUUGCAUGGUUCAGAGGAACGACUUUAUGAAGGAUUAAAGGUUGCUGAUUUGGUCAAGAAGCUUGAAGGAGUAGAUCGGACAUAAAUUCUGGUAGCUUUACUGUGUCUAUUACUGCCUCGCAACAACAGCUCAAUUACUGCAAGCUUUUGCAUCUUUGGUGAAGCAUAUGCAAGACCAUGCUUCACCAUGUUUGUGCUGUAAGCUUUGCAUUUCUCUCUGCAUAGGAAGGUUUUUGAUCUCAUGUUUUUUGUUGGUUUAGGUAGAAAUUUCUUGUACAGAACUCCUUCCUUAUGCUUUCUGUGCAUCCACUCAACAUAGUCUAGCCCAGUUCAGUUUUGAUUGUUACUUGAUGCAUAGCUUUGGACAUUUUGUUUUGCCGAUAAAAAUGAAUAUUUUGUGCUCCCAAAACAUGCAAAUGUUAGUUUCAAAUAAUCUA